GAGGAACAAGAGAGAAAGACGGUGGGUGUCACUGUUGGAGAUGCCCGAGGGCCGAGAGAGGCGGACCUGCGUUACCCUGAAUGGAGCAAAGCCUUGCGUCGGUUACACGAAGGACCGGCGGAAUACUCCUUCCUCACUCCUGAGACAGGAGUGCGACUGUUGCAUCAUCAGAUAACAUCACUGCACUCAACAUGUGUUCAUUAGACCCACAACCUGAGUUUCAGCAGUUUAAAGACCCAUAUGAACAGUUUAUAUAUCAACAUCUCCAGUACUAUGGUUAUUUCAGAGGUAAGGUGUCUGUUCUCAAUUUGAUGUUUUCAUCUUUAUUGCAUCUGUAUGAGGAAAAUUUUCCUCACAAGUUUAGUUUUCCCUUUGAAAGCUGGGAGAGCUCAUGCCAUUUAUUGACAGCAGGCAACCUCUGCAAAAAAGAUAGAAAAGAACAUGAUUCAGACAAGACCCUACUCUGUUCACUAGUAAUGGAAACUGCACUUCUUAAAAGUAAACAGCGCAUGCUUGAUCAACUGGAAAGCCCCAGUAUCUUGCGCUUACGGGAACCUCGGAAUCUUUUUUCUCUUCCUAGAGGUAGAAAUUCAAAAUUGAGCCCACUCUGGCCAAUCGAGUGUGAAGUAAUCGAGGAUCAUAUCUAUCACAUUGAAUGGGUUCCUCCUAAGCCAGAACCUUUUUAUCAGCCAACUGGAAAUGAAUUUGCACCGGAAAUAGUUGGAGAGAGUUCUGGAACCGUUGUCUAUUUCAUAGAACCAGCAACUACAGAUGCCUAUUUUAUUGCUUCACGAGUUGGAGGAUCAAGGCUACCUAUCAAGUCAGCUGCUGCCACCUUAAAAGAUCCAGAAGAUACUGUACUGUUAUUCGAAUCACGCUUUGAAAGUGGGAAUCUCCAGAAAGCAAUCAGGGUAGGCGAAUAUGAAUAUGAACUCACUUUGCGGACGGAUCUUUAUACCAGCAAGCAUACCCAGUGGUACUACUUCAGAGUGCAAAAUACUAGAAAAGAUGUCACGUACCGCUUCACAAUUGUUAAUCUGAUGAAAGCCAAAAGCCUCUACAAUAUGGGGAUGAAGCCUCUCAUGUAUUCUCAGAAGGAUGCUGAGUCUGAGGGUAUUGGCUGGAGGAGGGUGGGUAAUCAUAUCAAGUAUUAUAAAUACAACACAGAAGAAGGUCAAACCCUCUAUUGCCUCACGUGGACGGUGUGUUUUCCUAACAGCUAUGACACAUGUUACUUUGCUCAAUUUUAUCCUUAUACCUAUUCAGACCUACAAAAUUAUCUUUUGACUUUGGUAAGUAAUCCACUCUAUUCUCAGCAUUGCAAACUCCGCCCUCUGUGCAACAGUCUAGCUGGAAACACAGUAUACCUUCUUACUAUUACCAAUCCGUCCCAAAGUGCCAUGGCUGGAGCAGCAAAAAAAGCUAUUAUACUAACUGCCAGAGUCCAUCCUGGGGAAACAAAUAGUUCAUGGGUGAUGAGAGGUUUCUUGGAUUUUAUCCUGAGUGACGCUCCUGAUGCUCAGCUCCUUCGAGAUCUCUUCAUAUUCAAAGUUGUGCCCAUGCUGAACCCAGAUGGAGUUAUUGUGGGGAACUAUCGCUGUUCGUUGGCAGGAAGAGACUUGAACAGAAACUAUAGGACAGAAUUAAAGGAAUCUUUCCCCUGCAUUUGGUAUACUCGGGCCAUGAUCAAGAGAGUCCUUGAGGAACGUGAAGUUCUGCUCUAUUGUGAUAUCCAUGGACAUAGUAGAAAGAACAAUAUCUUCAUGUAUGGCUGUAACAAUAAAUAUACACAAGAUCAGUUACUUCAUGAGCGAAUCUUUCCUCUUAUGAUGAGCAAGAAUAUUCCUGAUAAGUUUUGUUUCAACAGCUGUAAAUUUCAAGUUCAGAAGUGUAAAGAAGGAACUGGACGAGUUGUGAUGUGGAGAAUGGGAAUACAGAACAGUUAUACAAUGGAAUCUACAUUCAGUGGAUCAACACUUGGUGCUAAAAGUAACUGUCAUUUUACAUUUGAGGAUCUCAAAUCUUUAGGUUAUCAUGUCUGUGAUACUUUAUUGGACUUUUGUGAUCCAGACCGCUCCAAGUUUCAGCAGUGCUUGCUCGAGCUUAAGGAAUUACUGAAACAAAAAAUCCAGUCUAAGCUCUCAGAGUUGGGUAAAAACACAGAAAGCACUUGGAGUGACAUCUCUCUAUCUGAUGUGGAAUCCAGCACAAGUGGGUCUGACAGCUCCCAAUCAGAUGGCCCUCCUGCACAUUUGCUCAAGAUGGUAGAAAAGGACUGUAAUGAGAAGAAGAAAAGGAAGAAAAAGAAACUUCUGCGAACCAGGAAAGAAAGAAAUGAUUUGCAUCAGAAAUUUGCCGUGAGCCCUGCAUUAAAGCACAAGGAAAAAGUUCUGGGAGAAAACUUAAGUAACGGUCAAAAAUGUCAAGAGAUUCCUAGAGGAAAACAGAUGGUUCCCCUGACUGAAUGUGAGUUCAGGAUCAAGAAUCCCAGCCCCCUCCUGAUAUCCACGAUUCCUCUAUCACCAAUACAGCGACACAGUUUCACAACAUCAACCAUCAAACAGCUUCCUGCUCCAUUUUAUGGGCAUUCCAAUGGAGAACCUAAUGGGAAACAGGAUGCAGGUACUUCUCUUCCACCAUCCUGCCCUGGAGUCAAACGGUACAGAUCCUUGUGGUGGAACCCUGAAGUACCUUCUGUGACUUCAAUGCUACGUCGAAGUCUCUCCUUGAAAUCUCAGAUUCUCUUAGGCAACAGACCUAGGUGGCACUUGGGUCAAAGCAGGUCACAGGUUCUUCCUCAUCGAGAAUUCAUUUGGAAGCCUUUCCAAAUUGACCCCAUACUUCUGAGGGCGGAGAAUGAAUACUGUGCCAAAACCAAGGGACUACCAAAAGCAAUCGGUCAAAAAUAUUCAUCACAAGAUAGCAGAGAAACCAUUCCAAGCAUUGUGUACCAGGAGCCAUGAAACUAUUAUUUUUUUAAUAAGCUACACUGAGAUAAUAGCUGGUCAAUUGAAAGCAGGUACUCUCCUGUUUUGAUUUUUUUGUUACAAGACCUUAGUGCAAAGACUGCUGCACAUCUUUAGCGAAUGAGAACUUGGAGCCUUGAUGAUGAAGAGAGUAAAUUCUCUUCUUUCCACAGAUUAAUAGCAAACUGUUCUGAAGGGCAGGGGUUUUCCUCCUUCAUUAAUAUCUUAAGAUAACUUAAGACAAGCUGCAUACAGAUUUCCCACCUAUUUGUUUUGCUGAUAAGAAAUAAAGUGGGCUAUGUGCGGAGGGAGAUUUGUGUGACAAAGCAGAAUUGUCAGUAGGAAGCGUCAUGAACCUAUUAGAACUUUUGAUUUUUUUCAUAUCCUCUUGAUUAUUUUAACAAUUUGCUCCCUAAUGAGAUUCAAAAUCAGCUCAAGGAAAAAUCAACACAUGAAUUUAGUACAAAUUCAGUGAACAAAGGAAAAGUUAAGUGUUGUUCCUUCUUGAUUCUUCUUAUAAAUAUCUCCUCCUCCACUGAACUCAUAUUACUUUGGCAAAUGUUGCUUUAGAAAACUUCCUCAUCUUCAGCAGAAUGUCACUCAAUUUUUUUCUAGUAGGAAAAAUAUUAUGCCUAACUAAUGUAUGCACAAGGUUUUCUUUUUUAUGAUGAAGGAUAAAUUGCAAAGUCUACAAAUUCAAUUUUAUUGUUCAUAGAUUGAUUUAAGAAUACACCUGUUUACUGCUACAAUGCACAAAAAGCAAGCCAAAACUGUUACUGCAUUUUUAUCCUUUGGGUGAAUGUAUCACUCCCCUAUUUCUUAGGAGUCCACUGACAGACCUGGACUUUUAUUACUGCCUUAGCUCAUAAUUAAAAAAUAAAAUGUGUAUACAUUAGAAUACAUAAAAAUGUGCUGAGGAUGCAGAGAUCAUAAAAUAAUGUUUAUGUUCUUAAAGUUGGGCAAAAUUAAAUAACUCUCUGUUAAAAUAUAUUUAUUGAAGCCAUGUAUUGGAACUUGUAUUUGGUUAUGAAUUUAGUAUAAUAUUAAUGAAGUUUGUAUGUGACUUACAAAGGCUAACAGGUUUUAAAACUUAUACAGACUGGGUUUUGUUCUGUUAUUAAAAAAAAUUAAACAAAUGACAAAUUAUAAGUACAGUGCUGCAAAGUAGUGUACAUGAAUGUAUCAGAAAUAUUAUUUUGCUUUUGUAUUUUUCACAUUACAGAUUAAAGAACU